AUUAAUUUUUAUAUUGGCAGCGUCAUACAUAAAUAUAGAAUUGUUAACGGUGAAGUGUAACAUGAAAAUAAUAUAACGAUGUUGAUGACUUGUUUUGAGAUUAUUAUUUAGAGUGUGUCUCAUUAUAUGAAACAAAUCUUGCAUUGAGACAGGCAUAGAGAACUAGCAUCCGCUUAAGAUGAAUGACACCGCCACAAUCGUAAUUAUCUGAAUGAAAAAGUUAAAUGAAUGCUUGUCAUAUACUGUAUCAAAUCAUAGAAAUUUCCUCCUUGCGACAUCGAUGAAUGGUCAUCUUCAGAUUUGGGAAGAGUCCUCGAAGUCAUAUUGGGAACCGGAAAUUUGCGGCCGAACUUACGCCAAAGAAGGAAGUCAUUUAUUUUGAUAUUUUUUUUUAGUUACAUCUGAAACCUUUCUGACGCAAUAUCUCAUCAUAAGUGUUCGGAAUAUGAAUUCUUGAUUUCAUAUUAGGUUUAGCUUAGUUCUUGAAAGGAGGGUUUAGUCAUCGAGAAUUUGGUUGGCGACAGGUUUUUCCAAUAAAGUCGUAUAUUGUAAUUAUUAAGCAGUCGACACACUCCUAUGAAAUUUGGGAAAUAGGUAUCUCCCGGGACUCUUCUUUGGUCUAAUGCAGUGGUGCAAGCGCUGCGCCAAUUGCGCCGAACUGCGCCAAUUGUGGAAGCCUGCGCCAACCUGCUCCAAAUUGAAAGAAUUGGCUUAGAUUGCGCCAAGCUGCGCCAAAACGGGUAUUUUCCCCUUGAUAUCGCCAAGUCACGAUUUUAUGGCAACCAAGCUUAUGCCAUGUGGGGAGUUGCUACAGUAACGAGCACGUGCAUAUUUUACUGUGAGCUGAGCGUUCUUGUUCUUUUUUUUAUUAUUUAGUUAGUAGCAUUCCAUUCUUUUUGGUUCCAAGCUGAUGGAAAAAGAAUAAGAAAAAUGACUUCAAAAAAUGGUGGACGAUGUAGUAAAUUUAAUGAAGAUGUAUUAAAGGAGUGUGACCUAAAUGGAGAUCUAAUAUCAGUUUGGUGUAUUAAAGGCUCCAAACCAGAUGAGGCUAUUUGCACAUUUUGUAAUGUGACAAUUUCUUGCAAACACCAUGGAUCUGCUGCAAUCAAACGGCAUUCAAAAAAUGCUGGUCAUAUUGAUAAGUGUAAGAAUCAUCGUGAUAAGGAGGGAAUGCUCAUGAAAUCAACACAAAGAAGAAUUGACUUUUCCAACUCAAGAGGAAUAGACUGUGUGAUGACUCAUAAUGAAAAAGUGUCAGCUGCUGAAAUACAGUUUGUUGUCUCUUUGGCAGCAAAAGGAAUUUCAUAUUCAUUUUGUGAUGCAGCUACAAUGUUAUUUCCCAAAAUGUUCUCUGAUUCUAAGAUUGCAGAAGACUUUUCUUGCUCUAGAGCUAAAGCUUCUUAUCUCAUUUCAGAUGGACUUGGUCCACAUUUUAAGAAAAGUCUUCUGGAAGAAAUUAGAGAUAGUGGAGCGUUUUUUUCUAUCAUGGUGGAUGAAACACCUUUACCUGAAAAACGAAUGCAACAGAUGGAUAUUCUCAUUCGUUUUUAUAGCAAUAUAAAAGGGCAAGUUAUUGUCCAACAUUUACAAAGUUUCCAUAUAGGCCAUGGAACAGCUGAAAUAAUGUUUCAGUGCUUAUGUGAGGUUUUUGAUGAGUUACCCAAAGAUAAGCUUCUGUGCUUUUUUAGUGACGGCCCAAAUGUAAUGAAGAGUUUGAAAGCGAAAGUAGAGUCCCAAAAUGCGCAGUUACUGGAUGUUUCCAGCUGUUCUUUACACAAAAUUCAUAACAGCUUUUCUAAAGCCUUAACCACUUUUGGUGGUGAAGUAGAAGGUAUUAUAAUUGACCUUUAUUAUUUUUUCAAGCAUUCCUCAGCUAAAAGUGCUGAUUUUAGAAAACUGCAAGGCCAACUAAACGUGACCGAAAAGGUUCUUUUCAGGCAUGUUAGUAGCCGUUGGCUUACAUUAGAGACCUCGUUAGAGCGUUUUCUCGAGUUGUUUGAUGUUAUUUCAAAACUUUUCGAAAAAGAUCUAGGUACAACCAGCAGGGAUGGUGCUCGCUACAAAAGGGUGAAGCAAGCCCUCAAAGAUAAAUUGCUUUUGCCAAAAGCUCUAUUUUUAAGAAAUAUUUCAGCUAUAUUAAACAGAUUUUUAGGUCUUUUCCAAACUGAGGCACCAUUGAUUCACAUGCUAUAUGAUGAAAUGGUGUCUCUUGUUAAAGCGUUGUUAGGACGGUUUCUAAAGAGUUCUGCUUUUCUUAGUUUGUCUGGUAAGGACUUAAAAUCAUUAGAUGUAGAAAACGCAGAAAUUUGGCUAAAUUCAAAUUUAAUAGAUGUAGGACUUGAUACCACAAAGGCGAUGACAUCUUUAUCUUCCUCAGAAAAAAAAUCAAUGUAUUUGGGUGCCAGGUCGUUUUAUUUGGCAUGCACUAAAAAGUUAUUAAAAACAUUGCCUCUUGAAAAUAGGUUACUGUAUCAUCUGAAAGUGUUGCAUCCUGUAAUGAGAAUGGAGGAGACUUCUUUGAGGUCGAUAAGAUAUCUGGCAACAGUAACCCCAUCCAUUAUAAAACCUGAAGAGGCAUCUUUGUUACUAGAUGAAUGGACAAGGUUACGUGGGGAACCAGAAGGCUCCGACUCAAAUGAAUAUACAUCAAUUGAUGUGUUUUGGAAUAACUAUUUUGCGAAGAAAGAUAAUUUGGGAAAUAUAAAAUAUCCUCUUUUGACAAAGCUUUUUAAAGCUCUUUUGUGCCUACCACAUGGGAAUGCGGAUGUUGAAAGAGGUUUUAGUGUUAACAAAAAACUACUUGACAAUAGGGCAAGUUUAAAUUUGUAUAGUGUUAAUGGUUUGAGACAAGUUGUGUCACAUAUCAACAAAAUAGGGGGUUUAGAUAACUUUAAAGUUGACAAAGAAAUGAUUAAAGUGGCUCGUGGAGCAUUUAAAAAUUAUUCUGCUCGAUUAGAGGUUGAGAAAAGAGAAAGCAAAAAGCGAAAGGAAUGUGAAAACACUGAAACUGAGGAAAGUAGAUUGAAAGCUGCUGAAAUUGAUUUCAGAAAAAAUUGAAGGCUUCUCAAGAUCUCUUAGCCACAGCUGAAAAAAAUAUUAAGGAUGGGUUAAAAAAUAAAGACAUGUCGAUUAUAGAAAGUGGACAGAUCCUUUUAUCUGAGGCUAAGUCAAGGAUAGCAGAAUAUUUAACUGCAUUGGAAGAUACUAAAAAUAAACUUAACUUGUUAAUGCAGGGACCUUCAAAGAAAUGUAAAAAAUAAGAUAUGUUAUUAACAGGGGCCCCUAAAAUUCAUAAAAUUCCUAAAACUAUGCUCAGACCCUAAAAUU